AUGCGGAAGAAGAAGGCGGCGGCGGCGGCGGCGCCGGUGCCGGAGUGGCUCAACAGCCCGCUCUGGUCGGCCCCGCCGCCGGCGCCCGCGCCCCCCGACCCCUACGGCGCCGACCUCUCCCCGCCCCCGCCCCCGCCCCCGCCCACGCCCAAGCCGCCCCCGCCGGCCGCUCCUCCGCCGUCGUACGAGCAGGCCGUGGGCUCGUCCAGGAGCGGGGAGAGGGAGGAGGAGGAGGACGGGGGUGGGGCCGCGCUCCGGGCGCACCUGCUCGCCGACUUCAAGCUUGCGCUCUCGAAGAAGGUGGUGAACAUGGGGGAGCUGCGGAGGCUCGCCUGCCUCGGCGUGCCCGAUGGUGGCGCCGGUGUUCGCCCUCUCGUCUGGAAGCUUCUCUUGGGAUAUUUGCCAACUGAACGCGCUUUUUGGCCUCACGAGUUAGAAAAGAAGCGAAGCCAGUAUAGUGCAUAUAGAGAUGAAUUUCUUCUAAAUCCUUCAGAAAAAAUACGAAGAUUUGAGGAGUCAAAGUUGUUAAGGAAGAAAGAAUUAAAUAGUGACAACAUUGGCCUUCUACCAAGAUCCAAAGUUACUAAUGAAGAGCACCCUUUGAGCUUUGGUAAAUCUAGCUUGUGGAACCAAUACUUCCAGGAAUCAGAAAUCCUAGAACAGAUAGACCGAGAUGUGAAGAGAACACAUCCUGAAAUGCCCUUUUUCUCUGCCAAGUCUAACCAGGAAUCUCUAAGGCGUAUUCUCAUUAUCUUUUCAAAAUUAAAUACUAGUAUAAGAUACGUGCAAGGGAUGAAUGAAGUUUUGGCACCUCUUUUUUAUGUAUUCAAGAAUGACCCUGAUGCAAGCAACUCGGCCUCGGCUGAAGCAGACACUUUCUUUUGCUUUGUUGAAUUACUCAGUGGCUUUAAAGAAAACUACUGUAAGCAUCUUGACAACAGCCAAGUGGGUAUUCGAUCUACACUUUCAAAGUUGUCUCAGCUCUUGAAGAGACAUGAUGAAGAGCUAUGGCGACAUAUGGAGAUCACUACAAAGGUAUACCCACAAUACUAUGCGUUUAGAUGGAUCACAUUACUGUUGACAAUGGAGUUCAGCUUCAAUGUGUGCAUUCACAUUUGGGAUGCUAUUUUGGGUGAUCCGGAAGGCCCUCCGGACACCUUGCUGAGGAUAUGCUGUGCCAUGCUUAUCCUUGUCCGGAGGCGCCUCCUUGCUGGAGACUUCACUGCCAACAUCCAGCUUCUGCAACACUACCCACUGACUAACAUUGACCACCUCCUUCACAUUGCUAACCGACUGAGAGGAAGCGUAGCCAGCUAGUGAUGCAUUUUCUUUUUCUGCAUAGUUGUACCUUAAUCUUUGCCGUGUGUGUUCAUCUGAUCAUAUUGCAAGGCAAACACAACGGUAGAUAGCUUGAAAGUUAGGUGGAUGUGCUUAUCCCAUUUUGGUGUGGGUGUGUGGCUGGAUGCAUUUCUUCUUGUGUUUACAUAAGAAACAUCUCCUCCCUAUGGAAAAAAGGAUCAGUUUUUCUUGUUCAUAUGAAAAGUUGUUGUUUGAUGUGUUACCUUAUAGACUAGAGAGAUGAGGGGGGACUUAGAGACUAGUAGGAAAGAACUAUGGUUGAGCACCUCAUAAACAAAUCAAUAGUUUUUAAGAGCUUUAGCCAUUAGUUAUAUCUGUCAAUGUUGGAUAAAAAUUCCUGCUUCCUCAAAAGUGUUCUUGCCUUCUUGGUCUCAGUUGCGUCUGUAACCGAAAUAUGUACUGUGGACUUUGAGAAAAUCAGGAUGAAAGUUGUAGACUUGAAUAAGAGUUUCUUUAAAAUUCACAUUUGUACUAAUUUUUUUACUUGUAAGGAAUUGCAAAUACUCGCAUUCGUUUAAUUUU